AUGCUCACUAUCGAGGGAGAUUCAAAUCACACGAGCGUCGAGACCAAAAUCGAACCGUCUUGUAUUCCGAUUCAAUGCGGCCUCCUCGAGGGCAAACUCCACGUCAAACAUUUCUUCUGUCCCGGCAUCCACGAGAAAUGCAUUGAGGUGUGCGGCGAGAUCGAGUUGAUCACGCCGAAAGAGUUCACGAUACGCGCCAAUAAGGACAAACAAAAAGAUUGGAAGGGCAGCAUUCGAAUCGGCAAAUCCAAUUUGCGGACACUCAUGGAGCGUCGAAUUUUCGAUUUUCACGAUCACUUGAAAUUUUGCAAUGGACGCUGUCAGAGUCGAAACUAUAUCAGCAGCAAGGAAACGGAGCGAUCGAGUUCUCGAAAAGGCAGCGCGUUCAGUGUGCAAUCAUCGAACGAGACGAUCGAUCAGCCUCGGCGUUCCGUCGUCGAAAUUCUCGCAGGUGCCGAUAUCACCGAUCUCGUCAGCAAGGUUCUCAACAACUCGAGUUUCGAGCUCACCAGCGUCUCCUCGUCGCCGUCAUCGUCGACGCCGAUGACCGAAGAGGCUCACGACGAUGACAAACACCAACAAUCGCCGAUGCUUCACGAUCUUCCCAAGAUGGUCAAGCAGAUGGAGUCAAAUCCUUUGCUUUUCUGGACGUUCAUGUCGCAAAACGGUCUCGCCAACAUCGUUCUCGAUCAUAUGAUCGAGAAGAUCAACGAGAUGCGCGGCCUUCUCGCCUACGGUCGCGUCGACGCCGUCGCUAGCACAUUGUCGAAGGCGGUCGAGGCGCUCGGCGUCGCCGACGGUGUCGCGCCACUCGCAAUUCUCACGCAACUCGUCAAACGAACGACGAACGCCGCUGCCUCGACAUCUGCUGAUGACGACGACGACGAUGAUGAUGCUGAUGACGAUAAUCAUGAUAAGGCUGAUGAUGAUAGCGGCGAGACGCAGGCGAAACGACGGCGACGAUGUGCGGAUCGCGCGCCGUUCGAUAUCACCAACGAAACGUUUGCCUCACAGAGCCUUAAACUCAUCGCAGACAUGGCUCAGGAGCACAAACCGGCAAUCUAA